AUGGACACUGUAUAUUUCAAACGAAAAAGCUACGGUAGAGUACCGGUGAUUGCCAAGUAUGCUGUUAUGAAGGUACAUCAUUUCAAUAGCAAGGUUCGAAAAGUGCAAUGGUCAUCAGUCCAACGCUGCAUGCGCGUAUCAGGAAAUCAUGUGCAGCAACUAUCAAACGUCUUCAUACCGUGCGCUGCCAAGGAAAUCCAGGCACCCUCGAAUGUCGUUACUAUUUCUACGACAAGCUUGGACGGAAGCAGUCACCAUGGCACCACGUGCCUCUGUAUGCUAAUCUCACACUAG